ACAACUAAAAAAAGUCCAUUCAAUCAUUCAUUACUCAUCCGGUCGGUUUAUUUCUGCUGGGAUUUUGAUAUUUAUCGUUAAAAAAUAAUAAUAACUAAUUAGUUAUAUUAUUUAAGCUUUAUCUCAAUUAAUUAGUCAAGUCGGGUGAGAGUAAAGUUAAUCACAGUUUUAUUUAUCAUCCUUUUCGGUACAAAGUUAAACAUGGCAGAUCAAUACGGAGGUUACGGAGCAUCCGCUGGAUAUGGGGGUUACACGGCGGCGCCACCGCCAGGACCGCCUCCGCCUUCUUAUGGAGGUGGACCACCCUCCUCUGCGCCAGGAUUCGACACGAGUUAUCCUCCUCCACCAAGCGUGGCGGCGGCGUGGGGCUCAUCGUCAGGGUCUAGUGGGAGGGGCGACUAUGGCGGAAUGGGGGACAAUAUUUCGGGCGCCGGAGGUGGAAGUAGCUACGGCGGAAGUGGUGGUGGUUAUCAAGCCGCAGCACCGGCAAGUGGUGGAUAUGACGCAUACGGGGGAAGUGGCGGAGGGGGGAGUUCGUACGGUGGAUCUACCGGAGGGGGAGGAGGUUACAGCAGUGGAGGGGGCGGUGGCGGCGGUGGAUAUGGGGCCUCAUCCGGUGGAGGGGGAAGUUAUGGCGGGGGUGGGGGUAGCUCGUAUGGAAAUGGGAAUGGAAACAGUGGCGGAUAUGGGGGAGCCAGUGGGGGUGGCGGAUCUCGCUUUAACUCCGGUUCAAAAGGGUCUUCAUACCCUUCCUCCAAAGGGGGAUACGGAUCUGGUGGGGACAUGAUCGAGCGGUCGGACACCGUUUUUGUCGGUGGACUGCCGCCAGAAGCAUCAGAAGAAGCCAUAGCUGAAUACUUUGGUUCCAUUGGGCUGGUGAAGAUCGACCGGCGCACCAACAAACCAAAGAUCUGGAUGUACAAGGACAAAAUGAGUGGGAAGCCGAAGGGCGAAUGUACCGUGACCUAUGAUGACCCCGAAGCUGCCAAGUCCGCCGUGACGUGGUUUAAUGAUAAAGACUUCCAAGGCUACCGAAUCUCCGUGUCGAUCGCGACCCGGCCCAAUAUCGAUAAUUCUUCCGGUGGUUAUGGCGGUCGAGGUGGAGGUGGCGACCGUGGCGGAAGAGGGGGCGGAUUCCGAGGGGGAGAUCGAGGCGGUGGAGGAUUCAGUCGUGGUGGUGGUGACAGAGGCGGAGGCCGCGGGGGUGGCGGUGGUGGUGGUGGCGGAGGGUUUGGUCGCGAAGGUGACUGGACGUGCCCGGACUCUGGCUGUGGUAAUACAAAUUUCGCCUGGAGGACGGCCUGCAAUCGGUGUGGAUCUUCAAAACCGGAUUCCGCCGACGGUGGUGGCGGUGGCGGCGGAGGUUUUGGCGACCGUGGCGGUGGUGGAUAUCGAGGUCGUGGUGGCGGUGGUGACCGUGGAGGUGGCGGCGGUUAUCGAGGCGGACGUGACGGUGGAGAUCGCUACGGUGGUGGGGAUGAUCGUGGCGGGCGAGGAGGUCGUGGUGGUGGAGGUGAGGGCGGAUUCCGUGGUGGAAGAGGAGGAGAUCGCGGCGGCGGGGGUGGUUUCCGCGGAGGACGAGGCGGCGACUCCUGGGGUGAUCGAGGCGGUCGUGGCGGCGGAAGUGGUGGUGGCCCCAUGCGCGGAGGUGACCGAGUCCCACGUGACAGACCGAGACCGUAUUAGAGUGCGAAACGAAACAAAAUAGUUAAUACUUUCUCAUCCUCUCGUCGUCUUUUAAUUAAUUAAAUAGUCUUCGAUUUAAUUCCACAAACAACAGUUAGUUAAGUUUAUUAAUUAAUUGUCUUAUACCAUGUAUUUAGUUAAUUAUCAACAGUUUUUUCGUCACUACUUACUAUGUACAAUUAUAUAGAUUAAUUAAAUAAAUAAAUGAGCAACAA